AUGUGUCAAAAACUCAGCUCCCUGAUUGGUCUAACGGCCCUAUUACAGAACUUGCCUGGAGUUAGUCGAUUGGAAAACGAACGUAAAGCUUGGCGAAAAAAACAUCCUUUUGGAUUCGUCGCGAAGCCAACGAAGGAAGUUGAUGGAAGUCCAAAUUUCCUGAAGUGGGAAUGUGCUAUUCCGGGGAAAAAGGAUACAUCAUGGGAAGGAGGUCUGUACAAAAUGGUUAUGAUUUUCGAAGAGGAUUAUCCGAUUAGUCCACCGACAUGCAAGUUUGAUCCUCAUCUGUUUCACCCAAAUGUAUACCGGUCCGGAACGAUUUGCCUGUCAGUGUUGGACGAGAAGAAAGAUUGGUUAGCCAACGUUACUAUAAAGAAAAUUUUGGUUGCCAUACAAAAUCUCCUUAACGAACCCAACCUAAAUGACCCUGCUCCAGUUGAAGCGUAUAAAAUCUACCAGCGAAGCACUAAAGAGUAUGAGGAUCGAGUGCGGAAACAGGCCCGUGCCAGAACACCAAUAUACUGA